UUCCCUGCUGCAUUUCUGGUUGGAGGUGUUAUUUACCCUCUCUACAGAAGUAUUGUGCUCCCUAAAAGAAACUGAUUGCUGAUACAGGAUGGAAAGUUUCAGUGAAAAGUGGGAGCCUGUCUUAUAUUCUGCCAUGUAAUCGCCUGCCUGUGCAGUUGAUGAGUCAAGUGAGAGUUUAUACCUCCAAUGGUCAGAAGAAAGAUCUUGGAUCAGAAGAUACAAAUGGAUCAGCCCGUGGAGAAACCCUGCAUAAAGUUGAAACAGGACAAGAUACAGCCAAUGCAGGCCAAAAGCAGUCUUCACCUAAACAGCCAAUCCAAGUAAAAGUGAAACCAGUCCUUAAAAAAAGAGAAUAUGGACCAAAAUACACACAGAAUAACUUCAUCACUGGAGUCAGAGCAAUAAAUGAGUUUUGUCUUAAAUCCAGUGAUUUAGACCAGCUGAGAAAAAUUAAACGAAGAAGUCCCCAUGAUGACACUGAGACUUUCACGGUGUACCUGAGAUCGGAUGUAGAGGCAAAGUCUCUUGAAGUUUGGGGUAGUCCAGAGGCUCUUGCCAGAGAAAGAAAGCGACGUAAAGAGGCAGAGAUCAAGUACAGAGAAAAUUUGUUUAGAAACCAAAGGCUGUUGUGGGAAUAUAAGGAGUUCUUUGGAAAUACUAAGCCACGCUCCAGUACAGCAGCUAUGUUUUUCAAGGGACCAGGGAAGGUGGUAAUGGUAGCUAUUUGCAUAAAUGGGUUGAAUUUUUUCUUUAAGCUACUUGCUUGGGUUUACACGGGUUCUGCAAGUAUGUUUUCAGAAGCCAUACAUUCUUUAGCAGACACAUGUAACCAGGCAUUGCUAGCUUUGGGCAUCAGUCAGUCUGCAAGGACGCCUGACCCUAGUCAUCCAUAUGGUUUCACAAAUAUGCGCUAUAUUGCCUCCCUGAUUAGUGGAGUAGGCAUUUUCAUGAUGGGUGCAGGACUUUCUUGGUAUCAUGGGAUCAUAGGUUUACUCCACCCUCAUCCUGUGGAAUCUCUUCUCUGGGCAUACUGCAUUUUAGCAGGAUCAUUGGUAUCAGAAGGAGCAAUUGUCAGCCACAACUUUGUUGUUUCAGCCACCCUGCUUGUUGCUAUAAAUGAAAUUCGAAGGAGUGCUCGAGCCAAGGGUCUUUCAUUUUAUCAAUAUGUUGUGCAGAGUCGUGAUCCUAGUACCAAUGUGGUGUUACUGGAGGAUGCUGCAGCCGUCCUGAGCGUGGCUGUAGCUGCAACCUGUAUGGGACUGACUUCUUUAACAGGAAACCCCUAUUAUGACAGUGUGGGGUCUCUAGGUGUUGGAACUUUGUUAGGAACUGUGUCAGCAUUUCUGAUCUACACGAACACGGAGGCGCUGCUGGGACGAUCCAUUGAGCCUGAGCAGCUGCAGCGGCUCACCGAGUUACUGGAAAGUGAUCCUGUCGUGAGAGCAAUUCAUGAUGUUAAAGCCACAGACAUGGGAAUGAGCAAAGUGAGAUUCAAGGCAGAAGUAGACUUUGAUGGACGUGUGGUUACUCGGUCUUACCUGGAAAAACAAGAUAUUGAACAGCUGCUACAAGAAAUUCAGCAAGUGAAAACCCUUGAAGAAUUAGAAGCCUUUAUGCUUAAGCAUGGUGAGAAUAUCGUUGACACGCUGGGAGCUGAAGUAGACAGACUGGAGAAGGACCUGAAGCAACGAAAUCCUGAUGUUCGUCAUGUGGAUUUGGAGAUACUGUAGACUUGAGCAGGAGAAAUCUUCAUGUUGCUACCCUUGUGGAAGAAGUAAUGUAAAGGGCUGAAAAGCUUCUGGGAUUGCAGCGACCUCCGCACCAUACCUCGCUUCCUUUGCCCUAGGCUUCCUGGACUGUUAGCACUGCUUCUGUUUCUGGAAGAGCGCUAGACUUGCAGACAAAAAUUUCCAUGGAAAAACAGUUUCAAAAAGCUACUUGAGUUAAAUUCCACAGGAGAGUCAGUCCAAGUAUAUUUACUGCAAUUCAGAACUUAAAACUUGAGGUUUAGUUUGGCAAAUACAGCUGCCUGAAACUACACAACACAUGUAGUUUUCCCAUUUGUGUCCCUUUGCAGUCUGUUUGCACUUCUUUAGUUUCUUUCAAGAUAUCAUUAAAGGUUCUUGGGAGAUAUUAAGAUUAGAUAGGAAGAGUUUGUUCCAGUGGAACCUGCCAACCUUAAAUUGUAACAUUUCAACUGUGUGAUUGUUUCACAGUUUUUCUUUUCUAUGAGAUAAAUUGUUUCAUAUGGGCACUGGCCUUAUCUCAAGUACCAUGACCUGGAAACCUGCUUUUUGCCACCAUUGCAGCUGCACUUGAGGAAAACAAGGCUUUUCACCUUAGAGGAGCCAGCUGGAUGGGUUUAGCCAGAGUACAUUGAGCUACUGUGAAAAAUUACUGCGUACAAAUUUCGGUGCACUUCCUCUCUUUAAAUUUUGGUUUUUUCCCCUACUUUAACACUUGUUUUCUUAUUUGUAAGUAUCUUCAGAUGUGAUCUGGGAGAUAUUUAUGGUAGUGCUUAUUAAAAGUUACCUGGCAUUUUUGGCUUUUUAUAUUUUAAUAGACUCUAUUGCCAGAUAUGGUCUUUGCUAGAAGAUAUGAGAGAUGUAGCUGGAAUAUAUAAUAGUAAAAAAUUAUCUAUUUAUAAUUAAACAAAGAAUACAUUGUAUUUUUAAUUUAUUUACCUUUAGAUAUUACCUGAAUUCAAAACCACUUACUCUGAAUUUUUGUAUAUCUUGACCUUGCUUGUUUGGGAAAGUAGAGUAAUUCUAUCAGUGGUCCUCAACAAUCAGAGAUAAGUGAUUAGUUUAUAACUUGGAAAUGUGAAAUUCUAGUGCUGUGUACAAUUGUCUCAAGGCUUUCUGCAGUAGGUACUCAAGUUGUACCAGAUUCUUUGAGACCCAGUCUUUAUUAAGAAGGUCAUGAGUACUGAACAUGCAAGUUGAAAUAUAGGUGAAAUAACCGUAUUUAAGUAGCACUGAGGAAAAGUCUUUAUGCACUUUAAUGUAAAAUAAGAUUUGCUCAUGGGUGACAGGUGGUAAUAAGACCAUCCUAGUAACUCAGUUGCUGAAUAAUGGCUGAAUUGCUGAAAAAAGAAAUGUUGAUAUGAAACACAAGUCUUCAAAAAUCAAUUUAAGAUAUUAUAAGUAUUGCUGCAAAUAGUUGUGGAGACCAAUAUGUACAGAUUUCACUAAAAGCAUUUUAGAUUUUUUUUUUUUUCAUACUAGGUGUCACUUUACGAGUGAACAGUGAGAAUUUAAAAUAACAUGCCUUUUUGACAACUGCAAAGCACUUUGCAUGCUGGUCAUUUUAAGUAGAAAAACAUUCCAGAGUUAAGUUACUGAUGGGGCUUCACAUACAGUAAUUGUGGGUGAAAGGAUCUUCUUGGUACCCUUUUCCAUAAUCCCUAUUCACUGGUGGCUUCUUUAUAGCAUAUUACCUUAUUAUAGCUAAUUCAAAAGAAGGCUUACUUUAUCUGCUUUUCUCCUAUUGCAAAACUAGUUAGUAUAUUUAAACCUGAUGAUUUAAAAUGCAGUUUAAAGGUAAUUUGGAAGUCUCCCAUAUCAAAUAAAUAAGGCAUAUUUUUAGCACAUUAUAAAUAAUUUACCUUUCUCCUCACCCUUCUAUGUAAAAUUCAUCUCAUCUCAGUAUGCACUCUCCUGGUAUUAGUCUUAUUCAUGAAGAGCACUGGAAUCUGGUAACGCAUAACAUGUUUUCUUCUCCCUGGAAUAUUUAUAUGGAUUUUGAAUUUGAAUAAACACAUUAAUAAACCAGAUAUUUCAGAAAUCAAAAACCUGAAGAGAAGUAAAACUGGGAAAAUGUUCUUCCUGCAGAGGUUAGUGAAGACAGCCAAUGUGAUCCAAGUGGUUUGCAUGCUGGAGUUACUGAUGAAUGAGUAGUGUCAGUGUGCUCUUUGCAGGGCAGAACUUUCCCUGCAAGGUUAGUAAAUGUUACCUAAUUAGCAAAGUGUUCCUGUAUCAUUUUCAAGAGGAGGUAUGAGCUUAUAUUCUUACAAGACAUCUGCUCUAAAAGUCUAUUAAAAUGGAUUUUUUUAUUCAUUGGAGAUGUAAUUCAUCUGAAUUCUGAUCUUAGUUUCCUUAUUUGAGUCAGAAGAAUACCCAUUCAAACCUUUUGUUUAUAUUCCAAGAGAGAAUUGUGUUCCUUGUCUCCUAGUUUGCUGAUUGUAGCAUCACAAUAUGAUAAAUUCAAGAUACCAGGCUUGAGUGGUUUUGAGUACAUUACUGUUGACCUGUCUGAGGACCCAGUUGUGUUUUGUUAAGUGGCCUGGAUGGUGAUGUACUACAAAAAGGCAGGCAGACUGGUUUUGGCAGAAAGUAAGUUUACAUGUCAGGCAGUUGGAUGGAAGUACUGAUUCAUUGAGCCUGCUAGGUUUGAAAAGAAUAGUAAUUCCAAGCUGUUACAUUUUAAUUUAUAUGUUAAAAUUCACAAAUUGUUUUUAACAGAUAUGGCAUAUUUACUGCUUUUUUUUCUUUAACUGUCUUUAUAGUCAAAACUUUGAGGUAAUGUGGGUCCACUACUUAGUUUACUUUUAUUUUAAUGUUUUUGAGGAAAACAAUUAGGUAAUAAAUUUACAUUUACAUGCUAGAGUCCUCAGAUUAAAAAACUGUACAUGUGUGAAGGAGUGAAUUUUUCUUUAUCACAAAUGCAAUUACAAAAUGGGAUUUUUUACAGAUUUUAAGGAAAAUAAGUGAGGAUUUACCUAACAAUAAAGUUAUAUUCUAGGAUUUUUUCAAUUAAGGUGUGGUGUUUUAAAAUAAUUUAUUUCUGUAGACUGGCCUUGCAGGUUCUGUUUUUUUCAGAUUUUGUUCCAACUAUGGCUGCCCUCUCUGCUUUGUGGAAGAUUUCUUAUAUGCUGUGCAGUGACUCAUAAUUCUGUAAAACUUGCAAUGUUUUAAAAGCUUGUCUUAGUGAUCCAAUAUACUGAAUGAUCUUAAUGUAUUUGAAGUCCAUGUUGGCUGGAUACUAAUAAUACAUUUUUCUAUAGAAUUUUUUUUUUCCAUAAAGGAUAAAAUUUUGAAGUGAUUGUCUUUCCCCCAGCAAUGAACUUCAAGUCUAAAUUGUCUCCAUUAUACACUAGAAUUCUGCUUUUGA